AUGGAUGCUCUAUUCACCUUCAUUUUCUUCUCACAGAGCAAUGUCGAAGCAACUCUUCUUGCUGCCACUCUUAGUCUACAUGCCAGUGACAGGCUUCCUGCUGGAGAAGGUUUCGUGUAUUGUCCGGCAUACCCUUGCCUUUGCGAAUCGGACAACGGUGCGCUGGUGGUCAACUGUCAGUAUUUGUACCUGACCCAGCUGCCCAAGUUCCUAGCGUUCGACGGAAGGAUUCGAACCCUCUCCCUUCGUCAAAACAGCAUCCGCCAGCUUCCGGCGCGAGCUUUCCGUGGUCUUCACGUGGAGAGCCUCGAUCUGACAGACAACGUCAUCAGUCAGGUGCACGUGUCUGCAUUCGAAGGCCUGGAGAACUCUCUGGAAGAACUUCACUUGCAGGUUUACGCCAUGGAAGGGUUACCAACUGCAGCCAUUAACCGACUGACCAGGCUUGAGAGUCCUUAGGGUGAUUGGCUGCAAAGUGGACACCCUGACCAGUUAUGUGUUUGAAGGACUCCACAUGCUGAAAGAACUCUAUCUGCAGGCAAGUUAUCGGUUUUGCUUUUUUAUAUUUAUUCUCAUUAUC